CACGUUCGUAACCAACACGACUUGGUGUGUGACCGACCGACCGAUCGUGUGCGUCUCUCUCGUUCGUGUUCGUCCGUCCGUCCGUCCGUGUCAUAUAUUCCUCCGGUUUUGAAAGCAAGGUUGGUGGUGCGGCGACGAACGACUAGUUGUGUUGCGACGCAGGAAGAAGAGGAGAGAGCACGAAAAACAUCAAAGUUGCGUUUAAAAAGUCCAUCCAGAAGUGUCUACGGGGUUGUUGUUUUUUACUCCCGAAAAAGUGUCGUCCAGUUUGACAAAAGUCUGGAGACCAUGGAGAAGCGGAUAGAGCUCGAGAAACGGGGAAGGAAUCCCGGCGAAAUCACAGAAUUCGUACUGGACAAUUGUCGGAGUACGAACAUCGUUGGCUUGACCGAUGAAUUCGUGGCUCUUGAGUCAUUGAGCCUCAUCAACGUCGGUCUCACCAGUCUCAAGGGAUUUCCAAAACUACUAAAUCUUAGAAAGUUGGAGUUGAGCGACAACCGAAUUUCAGGAGGUCUAAAUCUUCUUCACACGAGCCCAAAGUUAACUCAUCUCAACCUCAGUGGAAACAAAAUCAGAGAUCUCGACACGCUUCAGCCAUUAAAAGAUUUCAAGAAUCUUAAAAGCUUGGACCUAUUCAAUAAUGAAGCAACAAACAUGGACAAUUAUAGGGAGAAAGUUUUCAAUCUUAUCCCUAGCUUACGAUAUCUUGAUGGAUUUGACAUGGACGAAUGUGAGGUAGAAGACAGCGAAGGUGAGGACGAUGAAGUCAAUGGAAAUGACGAUGGUGACGGCGAUCCCAACGAGGAUGACAGCGAGGAAGAAGUAUCGGAUGACGAAGAUGAUGAUGACCUCGAAGAUGGAGGUGUGGGCUUAGAGGCAGUAUACAAACACGAUUUGGAGGACGACAGUGACGAAGAAGACUACAUGGCUGGAGAAGAAGAGGAAUACGACGAUUACGAUGAGGAGGAUGAUGAGCAGGAUGAAGAAGACGGUGAAUGCACCACAGAAUCGUCUCCAGCCCGAGGAAAGAAGAGAAAACAUGAGGACGGUGGAGAAUCGGGGAACUAAAAAAGGAAACGAGCGUCGAAGCGAAAUUAACUGAUUUCGCUACUGUUGAAUGAGUGUAAAAUUCGUAUAAAUAAUGACAGUAAUUGCAUCGCCGUAUGAGAGAGAGCGAGAGAUUCUGAGAGAGAAAGAGAGAGAGAGAGAGGGAGCGAGAGAACGAGUGAGCGAGUGAGCAAGAGAGAGAAAGAGAGAAAGAAAGAGCGAGAGUGUGAGAGACAGAGAAAAAGAGCGAGAAAGAUUGAAAAACAAAAUGAAAGAAAAAAAACAGCUGGGAAUCAAACUUAUUGACCGACCAAUGACAGACUAACAGUUAGUGGUGUGAAUUUAUCAGUAAAAUCAUUGACUGAAAAAAUCGUCUGUGAAACAACAAAACUAACAAGAAGAACAACAACAAAAUGACUAAGUAUACAUAAAAGAACGUGAAUAUCGAGUAUGAAAAAUGAAAUAAGACGAUGGCAACAAACAAGUGGGGGAAAAAAACAAAAAGGAUACGGAUAAAAAUGGCAUAAAUAGGGGCCGCAUUCCAGCUAGACCCAACACGUUUUAGUUAUACUAACGAUAUUUUAUAUAGAGUAUAUAGUUAGAGAAUUAGAGGUGUUGCAUAGAGGAAAAGAAAACGAGAGCGAAGACGAAGAAUAAUAUUUAAAGAGUGAUAGGAAUAAAGGAAGAGAGAGAGAGAGCGAGAGAGAGAAAGCGAGAGAUUGAUUGAUUGAAUUAUGUGCGAGGAAGCGGAAAAAAGGAAAAGACAACGGAGAGUGGAGAGGCAGCGAGGUUUUACACUCGAAGGAGCGUAUUUGUCUGUUAGCUCCAGUCGGCCAAAGGCUGGUCAUGCUGGAAUGCAGCCGUCGUUAAUCAGUACUAAGAAUUACAUAAGUUACAUUUUAAAUACAUUAUUAUUGUACCAUUUAAUAAGUAUAAACGAAUCUAAAAAAAAAAACAUGUGAAAAAAACAAAACAACGUGAAUGAAAAACAAACAAAACUUUUGUACAAGUUUACAUCACCUUAUGAACUUUGGGACAGAAAAAAUCUCGAAAUAGCACAAUAAAUCAAUCUCUUGAAAAAUCGUCAAGUGCGAGAACGGCCACGUUUUCGAGAUCGUCGAUCAUGUGAGAAAUCUCUCGCUUGUUAUAAUUAAAACGUCGAGUAAUCAUAAAAAAUACACUUGGCAAUGUCGUGUUUUCUUUUUAAUCAGUAAAAUCAUUUGUUUUUCUCCUUUUUUUUUUCUCGUCUACGAAAAACAAGCGUCUAUCCCGAAAAUAUUUUCUGUCCCAAAAUAUACCACCGAACGUUUGCAAUGCGUACAAAAGUAGAGAGGAAAGCGUAAGAAAAUUUGGGUUUGUCGACGAUCAGCUACAUCAGCCUCGUCACAUUACAUUUCGUCAUAUUAUCGUUUCAAAGUGUAAAUUAAAUAAUCGGAAUUUCAUUAAGCGAGGUUAUAAGUGUAAACCUGCUGAAAAUAAUGGAGGAAACAAAUAAUUACGUAAAAGGCAAUCGAAGUGAAGGAACGAAAACACUAAAAAUUUACAAGUUAAUAAAUAUGUGCGCGUGCGCAUCCCCGCCCGCGUACACACUCACACAACACCACCCAAGCAUUGAAUUAAUAAAAUGCAUAUACACAGAAAGAAAAACUCAAAGAUCUUAAAGAGGAUGCAAAUUAGAGACGACUUAGUUAAUGGUUAAAAGACUGCGACUGUUCGACGUGACACAGACUUGCCAAAAUUUACGAGCACGACCACUGAGAAUGGAUGGGAGUGAAAAACAAGAGAGCGUGAGUAUGUAAGAAAGAGGAUUGGUUUUAUAAAUAAAAUAAUAAAGAGACAAAAAAAUCGAGUAAAAGUUGAAAAAAACGAUACAAAUACACGAAAAAAAGAAACAUGAAAAAAAGAAAUGAAAAUAAGUAAUAACAACAACAAGAAAAUAAACAAAAUACAAUUAUGGUAGAGUCGAGGACCUGGCCCGCGACCUUGCUGCCAGAUUGGUUGAUAUGGCCUUAUCCAAUUUUUCCAAGAAUUUGAUGACGACAAGAGGUGACGAAGGAGGAGAAGAAGGAAGAAAAAAAAGCAAAUUUAUAUUAGGUAACCCGAGAAGUAAGUGGCGUGUACAGGUCCAAAAAUCUGUAAAUUUCUCGUUCAGCAAUUUGUAAUUGCGGCUCGCGCGGAACUUGGUGAAAACAUUUCAUAGAGUAAUAAAAAUAAUGAAAGACAUUUCGAUGGACAAGCCUCAUCGUGGCUUUGGUCGAGUGAGCAAUCUAAGAAAUCGAGGAUAAGAGCGAGAUCAAUGUUUCCGCGCGUCCCGCGACUCGGAGCACUUUUGUCAAUUGCGAUUUUUGGAAAAAAAAAACAGAGAAAGAGAGAGAGAAAAAAAAUAAGAAAAUUUAUCAAUUAAUUAAGACGAUUGUGUCCAUCUUCUUGUAUUAUCGAGUAUACAUCCGUGUAAUUGUCUGUCUGUUCUGUUGUUAAAGUGAAUUUUUAUCGUAAAGUUUGUUUAUUUUGAGCGAUCCUCAUCACAAAAUAAGAAGAAAUAAUUUAUUAAUAAAACCAUUUACAAAUCUAUAAA